AUGGCAGAGCAAGAAGCUGCCCCAGCGGCACCCAUAGGGUCCCCUUCAGAUUUCCUCAAGAAUACGGUCGGGCAGCUCGUUUCUGUUCGACUCAAUUCGGGUGUGGACUACAGAGGCAUCCUGUCCUGCCUGGAUGCCUAUCUCAACAUAGCGAUGGAGCAGACCGAGGAGGUCGUCAAUGGGCAGGUCAGAAAUCGCUACGGCGACUCUUUCAUUCGGGGCAACAAUGUGCUAUACAUCUCAAAAGUGACGACAAGCUGA